GUACAUAGACAUCAAACACACACAAACAGACACCUGUACACACAUACACACACGCACAGAGACACAUGUACACACACACACACACACACACAUACAGACACUUAUACACACACAGGCACAUGUACAUACACAGAAAUACACAUGCACAGACACAUGUACAUACAUACACGUACAAUUGUACAUGCAUACACAAACACGUACACACACACACACACAAAACAUGUACAGGUACACCCCCCCCCCCUCCCCAUAAAAAGUUGCAGUACUUCGUUGUUCACUCAGAGAUCCAGGUACUGCACUCUAGGGGGAGGCAGAGAGCACAGCACACACUCCUUGCUUUGCUUUCACUGCGCUCAGCUAUUGAGCAGUCUGACGGCUCCCAGUGCCAAUGACAGAUGCGGCCUGAGCUCCGAGCCUGCUCAGCAAGACAGCCCUGGGGGACACACUCGCCCCCACUAUAAUUUCCACUCGCCAUUGGCAAGCAGGUAAGUGGAAAUUUCAAGCCCUG